AUGGAUGCUCCAGAAACACUUCGUAUCCUUGCCGCAGUGAAUUCGCGGGCAAUUCGUGCAGAGAAGAUGCAGGGAAAGCUCGACCAAGACCUGACCACCACGCGGAAGGCCCUGACGCAGGUCACUGACGAACUAGAGCAAGUGAGCAAAUUGGCUGAUCUUAUUUAUGAGGUCAGCCAGCGGAUGGGAGCUGUAACGGACUAUCUUCUGAAAGAACACGGUAUCCAAGAAAGUUCCCGAGGCUCGGAGUCAUUUGAGGUCAUACUCAACAGCGUGGUCGAGAAAACAGAGGCGCAGGAGCCUAGAAAGGAUGCAGAAACGGUGGACGUCGGCUCGAGAAGCAAUGUUUCAGGACCCGCAGAAAUGGGCAGCUAA